GUCGGGCUGAGGCGGCUCUUUCGCUGAGGGGGAAAUUAGGACCGAGAGGAGUCCGUCUCGGGGUCCGAGUCUUCCCCGGGAAACAUGACCGAAGCCAGGCUUGGCCCGAGAGGUCCAGACAGCCCCGGAGACGAUGUAUUUGUGCUUGAUGCAUUUAAUGGGUGCCCGACAGUUACUUUCCUGCAAGAACUGCCCAGCUAUCAGUCUAUGCUGAGGAGAAGAGCUUCAGCAGGAACUCGGGACUACCACAGUUUAGCUCGGUCGACUUCUGAAGAGUCUAGAAGCCUUAUAGAAAGGAUCGGAAGUCAAGAGCCUGCAAAGCCACUAAGAGAAUAUGCGUUAAGUAUUGCAGAAAAAAGGCAGUUGAGAGAUAUUCAGGAGGCGAACGCAAAGUACCUGUCAGGAUGGGACCACUGGAAACAGACAAGUAGGAAAUCGUGGAGAAAGCUUUUAGAAGAGACCAAAGAAUCGUUGUCUUACCUGGAACUCUGGAGACAUGACAUUCGCAGCAUUGAGGGGAAAUUUGGCACCGGGAUCCAGUCUUACUUCUCUUUUCUACGCUUCCUGGUGUUGCUGAACUUCAUCAUCUUCAUCCUGAUGUUCAGCUUCGUCACGCUUCCUAGCGUCAUUUCUCAACAUGGCAUCUUCAACAGCAGCUACGUUAAACCUCCGGAGAGCACAAAUCUACCAUGCAGAAAUUAUAUAGUCAGUGGGACCAAAGGGCUGAUUUAUUUCUUCUCUUACGUUAUAGAUCUUCUUUCUGGCACAGGUUUCCUUGAAAUGACAAGCCUCUUCUACGGCUAUUACUCAGUAGAUAUUGUAUAUUUUGGCACUUGGAAAUACAGCGUGCCCCUUGCGUAUUUGCUGACCACGCUGGUUUACCUUUCUCUGAGCUUUCUCUGGAUCAUUAAAAGAUCCGUCGAAGGGUUUAAGCAAAGCUUGGUCCGUAACGAAGAUCAAUUUCAGAGCUACUGCAACAAAAUAUUCGCCGGCUGGGACUUCUGUAUCACAGACGUAAAUGCUGCACAGCUGAAGCACAGCAGUUUGCAUUAUGAACUUAAAACUGACUUAGAGGAAGAAAGACUGAGGCAGAGAGUGGCAGAAAGGACCACUCAAGAGAAAAUCCGCAUCUACUGUCUGAGGAUAGUUGUGAACCUCAUCGUUCUUGCUGUGUUGUCGGCCUGCUUUUAUUCUAUCUAUCGAGCGACUGUCUAUUCGCAAGAAAAUAUUUCCCAGGACAAGAAAAUCAAAUUGGAGGAUAAUCUCUGGGUCCAGUACUUACCUUCUAUGGUGAUCACAGUGGCCAACUUCAUUGCCCCGUUCAUUUUUUCCAUACUCAUCAAGCUUGAAGACUAUUCUCCCGCUUUUGAAAUCCGGCUAACGCUGAUGAGGUGUGUCUUUGUGAGGCUGGCCAACAUUGGCGUGCUCUUGUUCUCGCUGUGGACUCGAAUCACUUCCUGUGCUGACCGAAAGUGUGAAACCUGCGGCUACAACUAUGAGCUCUACCCUUGCUGGGAAUCUCAGGUCGGGCAGGAGAUGUAUAAACUGAUGAUCUUUGACUUCAUCAUCAUUUUUGUGAUCACGGUCUUUUUCAACUUCCCUCGAAAGUUGAUUGUCACCUACUGUCCCCUGAUGGCCUGCCGGUGGUGCGGCCUGCAGGAGUUUGACAUUCCUGACAACGUCUUGGAAAUCGUCUAUGGGCAAACCAUCUGCUGGAUCGGGACUUUCUAUUGUCCGCUCCUCCCUGCGAUUGCGACCAUAAAGUAUUUCAUCAUCUUCUAUGUCAAAAAGAUCAGUCUGAUGCACACGUGUAAGCCUUCCGCCCGACCUUUCAGAGCCUCAAGCUCCAACUUUUUCUUCCUGGUGGUGCUCUUGAUUGGGUUAAUUUUGGCUUUCGUUCCGUUGGGAUUCAGUCUGACGCACAUUCCCGCUUCAAAAGCUUGUGGGCCUUUUGUGUAUUUUACCCGUUCGUGGGAUAUCAUCGCGCACACCAUUGACGGGUUCCCGGAGGUGUUGAAGAAGGUUCUGAACAGCGUUGCCACGGAAGCGUUCGCAGUCCCUUACUUCAUGGUCCUUUGCCUCAUCCUGUUCUAUUUCGUUGCCUUGGCUGGAGCCCACAAGCGAGUCGUUAAUCAGCUCCGGGAGCAAUUAGUGAUGGAGAGCCGGGACAAACUUUUCCUCAUCAGGAAGCUGACCGAAGCCCAGAGGCUCAGCUGAGGGGCCUGCCGAUGCCUGAUACACCCUGAGCUCCUCGCAAACGGACUCAUCUAGCCAUCCCACAAACUGCAGGGGACCGACAGUGCCUUGAACUAGUGAUUUGGGACCUCGUUGCAGACUGGGGACGCGCAGGCUGAACCCCAAGGAAUUGCGAGCCUUUCCCAACUUCGGGGCCUUCCUGUGGAAGCGUGAGUGUUUCCCCACAGCCUACAGUUCUCCCGUGUUCUCGGCUGGAAUAGAUUGUUGAUCAACUCAGGAAAGGAUUUUUGAGGUCCAGCUGUCUGGCAGGUGUCCUUUUGUGUGUGCGUGUGUGUGUGUGUUUUGCCGGUUUUCCCUGUUGUCCACUUGUACAGAACUCAGCCCUUCUAACCUGCACACGCCCUCUGCUAUCACAGGGCUGUUUGGGUUGCUGUUCCUUCAUUUUCACGGGUUACACGGAAGCCUCUAUUUUCCAGGGGCUUUUAGGGAAAGCAUGCCUUGUGCCGGGGAUUUCGCUGGCAAAACUGCCUUUGAUGCUGGCCUCCUCCGCCGGGGCUGCAGUUCCGAUCCAAACUGGUGCGGAAGCUGCCGGACAGGCCGGGAAACGGUUUACGGUGCGCAGCUGUUCCAUUGACAGCGCAGGCGGCUCUUCCGCUGAAGAAGCUUGGAGCUAUCCCUGGAAGUGCCUGGGCACAUCUGUGCACAGGAAAGAACUAUAUUGCACCCAUUGCCUUAACAGUGCCUUGUAGAAUAAGCCAAAGGAGGUGUGGGCAGCUACCUCCCCCCCCAAUCCUUCUUGACCUUUCCAGCUGCAAACUCUCAAGAAACAAUUGCUCACUCUGCAUUUGCUCACACUUUGCACAGGGUAAUAACUGAUCUCCCCCUCCCCAAAGACACACAAGCUAUGUCGUAUUUGGGUGGCCGCCUUCAGAGAGCUGUGACCCACUCUCCCUCCUCGGGCGGCUGCCUGAAACUCAGCGGAGAAGCGUUGUCCCCGGAGGACAAGGUGUAGCCCUCUGGCUCACUGUCAUGGAUCUAACUGCUUCUGAAUCUCUCUUGUCACUGGAUAUACUCUCUUGGCUGCUACUUCAUCCAGAAAGUCUGCAGAAACUUCAACGUCACUGGACUUGAAGCCAAGGAUUUCGUGGCGUUGGGGGGCAGAGAAGCGGAGCUGGAAUUGUCCGGGCCGGCUUUCCUGAACCGUUUCAGUACAUACCGAACCUCUGGAGUCUAAUUGCUACUUGUGCGUCUUCCAGUAUCGCUCUCCAUCCUUUGGGAAAGCUGGCUUUGCAAAAAACCGGAAGUUCAAGUGGAUAAAGGUAAAGUUCUCAGGACCAGAUCUUAGGGUUACUGUUCCUUUUUUGUGAAAUCAACCAAGCUCGUUUUGGGCUCUGCCCAGGAAACCAUGUUACAUGGGUUGUGCUUCACGGCACACUUGAAAAUGCUAAUUUUAGAUUAAUUUCCAUAUCCUUCGUUCAAGCACUACAUUUGUUUUGCAUCACUGGAAAUCUGUAGAGAAUAACUUGAAACGGCGUGGCAGUGUUUUAAAGAAAAACUUGCCCGGCGUCUGGUACGGGGUUCAUGUCAGUGUUUGGGAUCUUCAGCGAUUUUCAGUAUUUUUAAAUGCUUAUUUUUAAAAGGUGUUCAAUGUGGAUCGAUGCUGUUAAUAAAUGCCAUGUGAAUGCUUCAUGGAAA